UCAAUCUUCAUCGAAUUCUCGAGAGUGAGCUCAAGAAAUGAGUUGCAGUUCUGGGAAUUCUUGUGUUAAAGACGGUGGAUGUGGCUUCCGUGGGUUUCCUUCGAAGUGUCAUUGCGGGCUAGACGUCGUCAUCUAUACAUCGGCGACGAAGCAGAACCCUGGAAGACCUUUCUUCCGUUGUCCAACCAAACAAGAUGAUCAUUUGUUUAAAUGGGUCGAAGAUGGUGUAUACGAGGAGGUUGUUGAUGCUCUUCCAAAAUUCUCCAUCAUUGACAGCCAAAUAGAGAAUGCCAAAUCUGAAGUUGCUGUCGAGAUUGAAGAGUUAAAGGUCAUGAUCAAAGAAUUGAAGGACGAAGGAAUGUGGAGCAAAAGGGAAAUAAAGAAAUGGAAAACGAUGAUCAAAGUGUGUUUAGUGAGCCUUUGUGUUGCUGUCAUUGUCUUUGUUAUCCUACUGUUUGGUGUUGGAGACAAAAGACAUAGGUUAGUUCUUGGUUACUAGGUGUGCAUUAGUGUCUUAUUUGGUUUGUGUCUUCAACAUCUUUGAAUAUCCUGACCUUACACAUACA